CAAUCGAAUUUGUCAUUCUUUCCUACUCACCCAUUCAAACUGUGCAAUGGAUGCCCUCAAUUGGCUCUUCUGUAAUUUGUUUAAGAGAAGGCAGAAACAACCGAAGUUCAAACGGCUCUUGCAGCUCCCUCCCCCAGCCUUCGCCAACAUUCUCAAGAUUCUUGGCGCUGUUAAAAUAUUCCAAUUGUCCCAGUUGUCGAAUAGAAUGUGCAUGUUGAUCCAGGCUGCUAACAUCACAUUUGACCACAUCGUCAUUAAACUUUCGGAAAAUUCUAAUUCAAUAGAAUUUCGCAUAAAUGAGAAGCAGCUUCUCAUUUUCUACUUCAACGCAAAAGCUGAAGAUUGUACGAGGAAGCUGAAAUUUGAACGCCAAAAAAUUCUGGCGUUCCUUGACAAUCAUACCGAAUUCAAAUGCCACACUACAAACGUCAUGUCUUCUGUGGCAGCCUGCGUCCAGUAUUUCUCCAAACUUUUCGUUUGUCGCUGUAAACUCGUAUCAUUCAAAGUGUACCCUCAAUAUCAGUUAUACCCCCAAACAUUGAGAGUUUUCCUUGAAAUGGAAUUUUUCAAAAAUCACCUUGUGCUGAAAUUGCAUGGAGAACUAAGAACUAUAUACGAAAAUGAGCUCCAGUUGCUUCCCAAGAAGAAUGUUUUACAUGGAAUCGUCAUUGACCUCAACUCCGUUAACUUCAAAGAGGAAAAGAUCUUCUCCCUACCUCACGUGUGCAUCACGAAGUGUGACUGGAUUACUAGUAGCGUAAUUAUGGACAUGCGUAUCACUGGGAAUCUCACUCGGCUCACACUUAUGAACAUCAAGUUCAAAGAGGAAGACGUGACUAAGAUAAUCAAUCACUGGAGAAACGGAAACUGGGAUAACUUGAAAUUCAUCGAGAUUUGGAACAAAGUUCAACUCAAUUCGGACUUUCUUAAGGGGGGCCUAACGUUUAUGACACGAGAUACAGAAAGAAGAGAUCAGUUCCACAUUCCAACUGCGCAAUGAGUUGCUGUAACUUCAAUAUACCGCCGUCUCCUCCUCGAGUACCGGUGGUAUCACCGGUAUCGGCCGCUUUACCGAAGUUCCCCAAGCUUCUGCAGCUAGACGCCAAAUCCUUUGCCAACGUUCUCAAAAUACUCGGCCCUGCUAAAGUAUUUCAAUUGUCCCAGUUAUCGGAGAGAAUACGCACGUUGAUCAAGGAUGCACGUAUCACAUUUGACCACGUUGCGGUUUGUUUUUCGUCAGACCAUGGCUCAAUAUCUUUCCGCAAUAAUUGGCAAAUGUCCCGUACUCAUUUUCUAUUUCGUACCAAAACCUGAAAAUUUUGCGGGAACGCGUCUCGAUCCGCUAAAGUUUGGAGAUCGAGAAAUCCAGUUGAUAAGCUUCACCAAAAAAACUCGAUUCAAUUUCAUCACUGACAGCUUUGAUGCUUGUGUGGAACCUUGUCUUCAGUAUUUCUCCGAAAUUUUCCAAUGUCGCGCUGGACUUGCUCAAGUCAAGUUGGGUUCUCAGUGCAAACCUCCGAAACUAAUCGAUUUCGCUAAGUACAAAAUUUUCAACGAUCGCCUCACGCUGAAGCUGACUGGAAACUUAAGUCGGUCUCACACGAACAUGAGGAACUUGCUUGACGAUUACGAACUUUUGGAUGGAAUCAUCAUUAAUCUCCCUAUCGACACAACUAAGUUCGAUCUGAAUGAGAUGUUCACCCUCCGCAACGUUUGCCUCAUGAAUGCUAAUUGGAUGACUCGUGCGUUCCUUCAGAGCGUGAAUUUCACUCGUCUCACGCUUACCUACACUAACCUCACCGCGCUUGAUGUCAACGCGUUCAUCCAGCAGUGGACACUUGGAAAAUGCAGCAAUCUGAAAAGACUCGAGAUUCUAAACAAUGUUGCAUUCAAUGCGGAUAAUCUUAAAAUCAACCUGAAUCUUCAGCCAUGGGAUCGGGGAAACAGAAAUCAAUAUUAUAUAAUGGACAACCAAUUCAAACCAUAUCUCCUGGAUCUGGAAAACGGCAAGGACAUAGAAGGUGACGGAAAACUCGCCACCCUGUUCCAUUCGGGUAAAAAAAUUUUGUUCGUUGUCUGGAACCGGCGGCAUUUUGAUCGACCAAUGCUAAGGGAAUCUGAAUAUUUUUUUGAUCCUUUCCACUACUAAACUAUGUGUCGUCUAUUAUUAUUCUAUUUCAAAAAAUGAACUAAUUCUCUGUAUAA